AUGGCUACUUCAUCUAAAGUUGCUAAUAAUGCAGAGGUAACUGCUAAGCAUCUCCCGUUUCCUAAGCAGGUACACUAUGGUAAAUAUGCGAAUCUGAACUCAUAUGCGGAGCUACUGCAAAAAGUGCAACGGAACCUUGAAGCUCCAUGUUCUGGAGAGCUGAUCUUGAGUGACCUUGUCCAACUAGAGACACAACUUCGUGCUGCACUAACUCAUGUCAGAGCUAGAAAGCUUCGCUUAGGAUGCCUUCGCCCUACUUAUGAAGGAAAGGGGAAGGGUUUGAAAGCAAAAUCUGUUCAUCAGUCCCUCCACGACCAGGUGCAGUAUGCUUGUGUGCAAUUCAACGUGAAUGAAGAAAAGAUGCUGAAAGAAGAAAACCAGCUGCUGGAGAAACAGAUUGUAGCAAUGAAGAAUAGUGGUGAAACUUAUUACAACAGGAUGACAGGGUGCCUUCAGCUCAUCCUCCACGACAAACAACACUGCAUUUGCUUAAAUAGCAAGGCAGCACUGCAUGUUGUGUGA